GAUGGUGGUCACAGCAGAGAGAAGCAGCUGACUGCGUUACAAACAUUUGGAGAUGAUAAACUUUGCAUCGCCCCGGACUACUGAAACCCCCGCGCGCCGCUGCGUCACCGCCGCGUUUCUCAAAGCGGCCGACUACGAGACACGCUGUUGAAGAAGACCACCAGAGACCCCCCGACGCACUGCGUAUGUUCUACAGACGCUUUAUGAUGUUGGAGUGAAACGGGGCGCAUUAAAGUCUUUCUCUCCUGCCACACCAUGGCGAAUUCUUCCACAGUUCCAGCACAGCCACCCAUGGACUUCGAGGCUGACUGCAACUCCAGUGCUCUAAAUGACAAGUCUUCUGAGAAGCCCAAGAAAAGAUUCAAAGUUGGCCGUGAACAUUGUGCCAACUUUUGGUUCUGUGAGGAAUGCAGGAAGUAUUUCAAAGAGCAGUGCCCUACCCAUGGGCCCCCUGUUUUUGUGCCUGACACCCCUGUGGAAUUUGGGGUGCCCAACCGGGCAGCUCUCACUGUACCAUCGGGCACGGAGGUCCUCAGAAAUAGAGAUAAGGUGGAUGUUUGCUGUGUUGAUGAAAACAUACCAAAGGGGGCGCUGUUUGGUCCUUAUCAAGGCCAACUGAUAGACUUGGAUAAACCUUCUGGACCAUAUUCUUGGAUGAUCGUUGAUGAGGACAACAAAUACAGAUUUAUUGAUGGAAGUGAUGAAACUACAGCUAACUGGAUGAGGUUUGUUCGGAUUUCCUCUGAUGAAAGUGAGAAGAACCUGAGUGCGUUUCAGCAUGGUGAGCACAUCUACUUCCAGGUGUGUCGGAAACUGAAGGUGGGCGAGAAGCUGUGCGUGUGGUACAACAACGAAUACAUGAGAAGACUGCAGAGUGUGUCACGGGACAGCAUUGACCGCAACCUGGACACAGGUGUAAAAUCAGAAGACCAACAUCCAGACGAGCCUAAAGGUCCAGUGCUGAGAUCUGCUCUUCACGGGCGAAGGACUCUCAGUAAGCAUAUAACCGAUGAGGGAGAAAACCAGCCCCAGGCCAAGAAAAAGAAGAUCGACCUCAUUUUCAAAGAUGUCGUGGAAGCAUCUCUGGAGGCUAAUCAAAUUCAGAACAACCUCCUCAGCAGCACCUUGUCUCUUCCGAGAUCACGAACAAACGUGUGCCAGGUUCUCAUCCAGCCUGAUGCAGACUGCAAAGAGUCUGUCCUCGCCUCUGGAUUGGUUUCCAUGGAACACCACAAGGGUAGCUUUGAUGCAAAAUGUAUUAAAACAGAAGAUACAGAAGAAGAGGUGUCUGUGCCCGGCGAAGGGCCUUCAACAUCUUUCUGCCCAAACUGUGUGAAGCUAAAAAGACGAAUCCGUGAGCUGGAGGCCGAAUUGCUUCGUCUGAGAGGACCGGUGCAGGGUGAAGCUCCAUCUGAGCCCCUACCCAGUGAAGAUCUCAAAGUAGAAGCCAUGACACCCAUGGUCAUGGAAGACGAAGACCAGGAUGUCGAUUCGGCAGAUGAAUCUAUUUCCGCCGACCUCAUGGUGGCCACGGACGAGUCUUUGAAGCUUUCGGCAGGCUCAGGUCGACGGAUCCGCCGCUUCAAACAGGAGUGGCUAAAAAAGUUCUGGUUUCUCCGUUAUUCACCUACGCUGAACGAAAUGUGGUGCCACGUCUGCCGACAGUACACCGUCCAAUCCUCCCGCACCUCUGCUUUCAUCAUCGGCUCCAAGCAGUUCAAGAUCCACACCAUUAAACUGCACAGCCAAAGCAAUCUGCACAAGAAGUGUCUGCAGCUUUACAAGCUACGCAUGCACCCGGAGAAGACCGAAGAGAUGUGUCGUAACAUGAUGAUGCUAUUUAACGCCGCCUAUCAUUUGGCUUUGGAAGGAAGGCCUUUUUCUGAUCUGCGACCUUUGGCGGAGCUCCUAAAGAAGUGUGAGCUGAAAGUGGUGGAUCAGUACAUGAACGAGAACGACUGUCAGAUUCUCAUCCAACACAUCGCUCGAGCAUUCAAGGAAGAUUUGGCGGAGAAGAUCCGCCUUUCGCCGUUUCUAAGCAUUAUCAUGGACGGGCAUAAUGAUGAUCUUCUGGUUGACACGGUUGCUGUUUAUGUUCAGUUCACAACCACCGAUGGGCUUCCCGCCACUGAGUUCCUCUCCUUGCAAAGACUUUGCGGAGGCAACGUGGAAGGCUAUCUCCAGGCGGUGGAUUGCGCCUUCGGUGGGCUCGGUCUGAGACUGCAGGACAUGCUUGUGGUUGGUUUGGGAAUCGAUGGCUCCAACAUCUCCUCUAGUCUAAGGGCAAAUCUUUACAUAGCCGCACGAAAGACAAUCCCGUGGGUGUUGUGUCUGCCUGUGAUGAUCCAUCGUCCUCAAUUGGAGGUACUGGAUGCCAUUAGUGGGAAGGAGUUGUCGUGCUUGGAAGAUUUGGAGAACAACUUAAAGCAGCUGCUUAGCUUCUAUCGGUAUUCGCCGCGUAUGAUGGCUGAGCUGAGGUCAACCGCGCCAACUCUGUCAGAAGAAACGGAGUUUCUCGGGGAUAUAAGAGGCAUUCGAUGGAUCAUAGGGGAGCCUAAUGUUCUCAAUGCCCUUAUUAAGGAUUACCUGGAGGUGGUUGCUCAUUUGAAGAGCAUAAGCAACCAGACCCAAAGGGGUGAUGCUUCUGCGAUUGCCUUGUCUCUACUACAGUUCCUGUUGGACUAUCAGUCUGUGAAGCUCAUUUAUUUUCUGUUGGACGUCAUUGCUGUAUUUUCACGGCUGGCUUUCGUCUUCCAGGGCGACUAUCUGUUGGUCUCACAGGUAGAUGCCAAAAUCGAGGAUGCCAUUCAUGAGAUCGGUCAGUUGGUGGACUCCCCGGGCGAGUACCUUCAAGAGUUCGAGGACAACUUUCGGGAAAGUUUCAACGGCGUGGACCUCAAGAACCUACGCGUUGCGGAGUCCAAGUUCCAGUCCAUUCGAGAGAAGAUCUGCCAGAGGAGUCAAGGCAUCCUCGCCCAGCGAUUUGAUCCGCAUAGUCGUACGGUCGUACAAGCUUGUAAGGUCCUCGACCUGGCCACGUGGCCCCUCAACAGGGACGACCUGGGUGCGUAUGGAGAGGAUGAGAUUCUUGUCAUUUUUGACCACCUGGAGAGCGUUCCCUCAUCCAGCCGUGAGCUCUCGCAAGAACGAGCGGAUGCCAGAGGAAGCCUCGUGGUUGAAUGGAGAGACCUGAAAGCCAAUUAUUGUAGCGUGAAUGGAUUUAAAGAGAUAAUAAGCCACAUCUUCAAGUACAAGCAACGUUUUCCUCUGCUUAAUCACAUCUUGCAGGUCGUCAGGGUCUUGCCAACAUCGACGGUAUGUUGCGAUAAAGGAAGGGGGUGUUUACAGAAAAUGCACAGAAAUUGUCGUUCCAGACUGACUGUGGAUCAGACGAACGAUCUGCUCACCUUAGCCAUCAACGGUCCCCCCAUCGGGAGCUUUGACGGAAAGCGAGCGCUGGACAGCUGGUUUGAAGAGAAAUCCGGGAAAAGCUACUCGCUCUCGGCAGAGGUGCUGAGCAGAAUGUCCACCACCGAACAAAAGUCUGUGUUGCACAAUAUGGAUAUGAAUGCAGAGUUUUAUCCGGAUUGAUUGGAGACGAUUGCUCAGCCAUAAGAAUUCCAAAAAGCAAUCUAAUUGGAAAAUGGCUGAUUGGGACUGUAAUGUGAUUGGCCAAGUACUUUGACAUUGGCUCUGCUGCUAAAAUGGCCUGGUUCAGUGUUUGCUGAGAGAAGGUAGGAAUACCUUGCAGGUCACAGGCACAUGAAAUACUUUAAAAUGUUCACAUAUGUAGGUUGCGAGGUGUUGACAUGGUUGAUGUUUUUGUUCCAAAGAGGAAAUGGCUUAUUUUCUAGUGGUAAAUGUUUGACUGAGUGUUUCUUAAAACAACUUUUCAUCAUUUCAUCAGGCAUGAGUCACUUUCACACAUUACAUUUUAAAUUGAGGUAAAAUAGUGGUAACCGUUUUUUGUACCACAUGUGCUAUUUACCCAGGCAAUGUUUUUAUUUCAGUAGUGCUAAUAUACAUACAUUAGCAUCGCAUUGCCAUUAAAACUCUGUGAUGUAAUUAGCUUGAAAUAACAUUGUGUUGUCAGUCACAUGUCCUCCAAACAGAUCAGUCUGUGUAACGACACGUCUGUUGCCAAGUCUUCUGUUUUUAUCAAUGUAUACUACUUAGAAACUUUUUUGUUAUUCUAUCUGCAAUAUAAUUAAAGCAAUCGGUCUGUGUUAGUCUGUUGACUGUGUAUGGGAAUUAUCUACAAAAAGCACUUCAUUUAUUUAGCAUGUUCUGUUUGUUGGGAAUAGUUUUUUGGAAUGGAAAUAGCCACUAUUUUGCCAUGCAGUAUAUCCCUACUUCUACCAUGUAGCGGACAUUCUUUAUAUAUUUUUAUUUUAUUUCAAGUUAACCAUUAUUCUUAAGAUUCCGUGUAAAUCCUGAUUAGAAAAUAUGUGGAUGUGCCAUAUGUGUUUAUGCAUCUGGGCACCUAUUAUGUGCCAUUUACACCCAAUAUAAACAGAUCUAUAAGUUUCAAAUAUAUAAAUAUGCAAGGUUUUAAAUGCUUACAGCUAUUUUAAAAAAGCUUUUUGUAUUUCAUGUGGGUGUUUGUUUUGUUUUAUGUACACUCACUGGUGUACAUCCUUGGCCCCUAACCCUGUGCUGAUUAUGUAAGGGAUAAUCCACAGCUAGCCGUGCGUUAAAGGGUUUUAAUGCACGACGUGGAGGCUAAGAACCACCCGACGCGAAACAGAUUAAAAUCCUUUAACGCACGGCUAGCUGUGGAUUAUCCCAUUUAUACCAUGGUCAUUUGCCAAGUUAAAUCUUAUAUUGAUGUUUACAGUGAAAUUUUAGAUCAAACAGGUGAAAAUUACAGUGAUUUUGUCAGUUAAAUUUCAAAUGUAAACAAACUUACUGGAGCUACCUGUGCGUUAAAGGGUUUUAAUGCACACCUUCCAGCCAAUCAGAAUCGAGUAUUCAAAAAGACCAUGGUAUAAUUAUGAUUAAACAUAGAGAAACCAUGGCAGAUUUAGUUUAUAGACUGGGAAGAUUAUAGAAAUGUCUUGAUUGUAGGAAUCACAGUAUAACAUAAGAAACCUGUUCAUUAUUGAUUCACGUCAGUCCGAAAACAUUGUGCUUGACUUAGAGAAGUCAGCAGCUAAAAGUAGAGUUGCUUUUGAUUCAGAGUCACAUAAGAACAAAGCUUUUGGAUUUUUGAUUGUCUUAUUUCAUGCUUUACACUUUUGAAGUAUGUUUUUUUUAUACAUUUCAUGUCUUUUGGCCAACUUCUUGCGUUAUCUUGCCUUGCCACUAAAUUCCAUUGAUUGUACCUGUGCAAUAUAUAUUUACUCUUGCAUUGUGUUUUAUUAAAUGCAAAUACAUCAAAUACUUAUUGAUAAUGUUCCUUAAUGCAAAACUGUGGAGUUCGAGUGGAUCAUGAUAGAGCAUGUUUUUACAAAAUGCUUAUGGACUCCCCACUUUUUCGUCUCGGUCUGUUGUUCCAUUUCAUUCAGUAGUUGUUUUGCACAAUGCUGCAUUUGUUUGGUUUCUGUUAUAUUGUGAAACCUUAUUAUCCUCACUAUAAUGUGUUGUAAUCUUUUGUAUAUCGACAACAAAUCACCUGAUUGAGAAUCAGAAAGAGAAUACAUGCAGUAUGUGAAUAGAAUUCAUUGUUCUCACUGUCUGUCAAAUCUAAAAGAGGCGUCAGAUGCAGUCAAGUUACAUUAACUCUUACUGUCCACACGCAUAGUUUGCACUGAAAUACAUUUAGUAUGCUAAACAUGAGAGACAAUGUUUUACAAAUUUCUGCUCCUUAUAAUUUAGCAUGUGUUUGAACAGACGGGUGUUUAUAGAAACAGUAUGCCUGUACCAUUUCAAUAAAACCAUUUUUAUCAUGUUUUAAUUACGGCUGUCAAACGAUUAAUCGUGAUUAAUCGCAUCCAGAAUAAAAGGUUGUGCUUACAUAAUAUAUGCCGGUGUUCUGUGCAUAUUAAUUUUGUAUUUAUAAACACAUACACACAAAUGCAUAUAUUUAAGAAAAAUAUAAAAUAUAACAAUUAAUAAACUUGUAUUUACAAUUUCAAUUAUUGGUAAAUAUAAAUUGAUACAUUUAAAAUUUCCUAAAUAUAUACUGUAGACAAGUAUGUGUAUGUUUUGUCUUUAUAAAUACAAAAUUAAUAUGCACAGUACACAGAUAUAUAUUAUGUAAACACAAACCUUUAUUCUGGAUGCGAUUCAUCGCGAUUAAUCGUUUGACAGCCCUAGUUUUAAUCAAUGAACAUUUCAUAAGCAGAAAUUGUGAAAACUAUACACUAGUGUUUAAAAGUGGAUCACUUGUGCCCCAGUGAAUAAUGGCCUAGCGUUUGUAUUAAAGGGACAGUUUACCCAAAAAUGAAAAUUCUGUCAUUUACUCACCCUCAGGUUGUUCCAAACCAAAUUUCUUUGUUUUGCUGAACACAAAGUAAGAUAUUUGGAAAAAUGUCAGUAACCAAACAGAUCUCAUGCCCCAUUUACUGCCAUAGUAGGGAAAAUAAAUACUAUGGGAGACAACAGAGGAUGAGAUCUGUUUGGUUACUGACAUUCUUCCAAAUGUAUUUCUCUGUGUUCAUCAGAGCAAAGACAUUUAUACAGGUUUGGAACAACCUGAGGGUGGGUACGUUUUUGGGCGAACUGUUCCUUUAAGAGUAGCUAAUAUACAGCGUACAAGCUGCCAAAAUUCAGAUAUUUUUAUCUGAUAGCUUCUGUGCCAGAUGCUUUUGAAUGCUUUUUGUUUUCUUUUUCAUUUUUAAGAAUGGAAUCGUAAGGUGGGGAAACAUGUAUAGUUUGUGGAUGAGUGCUAAAAUACUUUUAUUUUUCUUCUGUUACAAAUGUGGAUUUCUUAUGUUGUAUUUGGACCUUCAGAGUCUCCUUUGUUGUUUUUCUUUUAAUGGUGAAUGUUCUCAUAAAAUGAGCCAAAUUGAAGUCUGUUUCACAAGAGCUUUAAUGACUCUCUCUUUUAUCCAACAUUAUAUGUACCACGUAUGAGUCGAUAUUCAUUUUUGUUACCUUUUCAUGUAAUCACAAUAAUGUACUUUGUCAUUUGAAUUAUUACGGCAUGCUAUUUUAAAUGUAUUAUGAAAAUGUAUUAUUGAUGACCUUUUUGCAUUAGGGAGAGACUUGGUAUGGCCUAAGUAAUAAAGACUUUAGUAGUUUAUUUUCAAAGGAAUGUGUAAAUGGUUCUAUAUUGUUAUUCGGUAUCUUUUCGCAAAAAGAGAAAAAUUCCAUUAACGUUGAAUGCUUCAUUUUACACAUCAUACACAUUUGGCCUAUCUUCCUGAAAACACAACACUGGAAACUCAAGAAUAUGAAGUACAUGUGAAUUUCAAUAAAUGUACACUAAAGGAAUGUGGACAUGUAUUAGAAACCCAUUUUAAAUGACAGCAUAUGGAAUCUAUAUUCAACAAAUAAAGCUUUAAUAAAGUUUUUAUUACAUGA